GGAUUCACAGCUCAAACUGUAUCUGAAUUCACAUGUUUGCUUCCAAUUCUGUGAGUCACUGUGUCACAGAGAUGGUCUGCCUCUGCUUGCUUUAACUUCAUCCAUAGUACAGUGUAAACACCUGUUAGGGUGCCUUUCUGCUACACGUUGAAGAGGAUUUGUAAUCAUGGCUCUCUUUUCAUUUCUAUUUACAGGAUCCUGUCUCAGGGAGCUGUUGUCAAAGACUGGACUAGAAGAUCAUUAUGAAAACAAGCUGACGUUAAGUACUGUCCUUGAGAUAAAUGCUGAUACUACAUCAGAUGAACCUCUUACCACUAUGCAGUCACUUCCAGGGGCCUUCCUUAAGAAAUUAAUGAUGGCAAAUGUGAAUGCUAGGAGUGUGAAAUGUCUGACCACUGACCAGGAGGUUUCCUAUUGUGGUGUAGACAACAUGGACACUGACACUGAUAGCAAAAAUGUCAUUAAUCCACUGGACCUGAUUACAGCCCUGUUUCUCUGUUCAGACAGUUUCCUGCAGCAGGAGAUGGUCCAGAAAAUGUCCACGUGUCAGUUUGCUGUUCCUCUGCUGCUGCCCAAUUGUGACACAAAACAAAGCACUUUGAUGCUGUGGGCCUUGAGGGACAUAGUGAGGAAGUUUAAUCCCUCUUCCCAAACAUCCACACAGGCUUUUGUGGAGGAGAGAAUUGUACUCUCUGAUAUUCCCAUGGUGUCCUUUGUUAGGUUAGGGGAGAUUAGAGUGUCUAAGUCUCAGAUCUUGAACAAGUUGCUUAGUAACCCUCCUCAGUACCAUGAUACAUUUGUUCAUGAUGAUAUGGAAUGUGGAGAUGUCCCUCGUCAAAUCUCAGAUGGUCUGGUUGAAAUCAGCUGGUACUUUCCCUGUGGGAACAGAAACAUAGACAUGUUCACUAAGCCUGUGGCUGUAGCCAAUCUCAGAGGAGACAUCAGGUCCUUUGAAACACAGUUCUCCUUUCUGUGUCAAACAUCAGCUGCAGUUUACAUUUUCAUUGAUGAUUUCGAGGCAGAUCUCAAGGUUUUGGAAGGCAAAAUCACAAAAACAGAGUUAUUUCUGGUUGUCAAUUCUCAGAAAAAAACAUUCAGGGUGGACACAUUGAAUAAAAUUAUCACAAACUACAGUAUAAACCCAACAAAUGUGAUUGCGAAGAAGAAGAAGAAUGAUGUAGAAUUUGUCAAAACCCUGCAGUCCUCUGUGGGUGACAUCAUCGAACAAAGUAAAAACAGAUUGACAAUUGAAAACAUGGCUGACGUGGCUCAUCAGUUUGAGAUUCUGGUUGAUGAAGACAGGGGUGAGUGUCAAAGUGCCAGGAAGAUGGCAGAUGAAAUCACCAGGAACAUCACAGACACAAUUCAAUUCAAAGACAAACAGCUACCCUUACAAGGCCAAAUCUGGAAAGAGCUUUCCCAGUUGGAGAAAGAGAGAUGUAGACUGAGAAAAGGAGGGGAACAAAACAUUGAACACUACAAGAGCUCUCUGAAGAGAAAGGAGGAAGAGUUGAGAAAGAAGCAACAUAAAUGUGACAUGUCAGGUGCAAUGACAAGCUUCAUUUUAGGAAUGUCAAGAUCAGGACCUGAGCGUUCCUAUUUCCUCAAAUGGAUGCGGAUAAAUCUGGACAAUCUGUCACGUCAGAACCUGUCUGCUUUGCGGGACCAGUACAAAAUUUUUUGCCAACAUUCUCCGGAGAAAAAAGAUGACAUUAAACAUUUGGAUAAGCAAUUAUCUGAUUGUUCCUUGGGACUUGAACACUUCCUGCGUGAGUUGGGCCAGUUAUAUGAAGCUUCCUGCUCCCUCCCUAAAAGUAGACUACAAAGGAAACAGAUGGAGCAUCUCCCUGGAUUGUGUGCUCAGAUGCUGUUGGAUGGUUUCCCCGUUGAGCUUGUGGAUGGAGAUGCAUCAAAUAUCCCUCUGAAAUGGAUAUCAGCUGUUCUGACUCAGCUUCAUACUCUUGUCCAAUCCAACAGCAAGAUCCGGGUUGUGACAGUUUUAGGGGUCCAAAGCACUGGGAAGUCCACUCUCCUCAACACCAUGUUUGGGGUCCAGUUUGCUGUCAGCAGUGGAAGAUGCACCAGAGGUGCCUUCAUGCUACUGGUUAAAGUCCACAAAGAACUCAAGGAGGAGCUGAAAUGUGAUUUCAUCAUGAUCAUUGACACAGAAGGGUUGAAAUCACCAGAGUUGUCUCAACUAGAUGAUAGCUAUGAACAUGACAAUGAACUGGCAACACUGGUGAUUGGACUCAGUGAUGUCACUAUCAUCAACAUGGCCAUGGAGAACUCCACAGAGAUGAAAGACAUUCUGCAGAUUGUUGUUCAUGCUUUUAUCAGGAUGAAGGAAGUGGGGAAGAAGCCGAUAUGUCAUUUUGUUCAUCAGAAUGUGUCAGACAUGUCUGCUCAUGACAACAACAUGAGGGACAGAAAGAAGCUGUUGGAACAGUUGGAUGAAAUGACCCAGGCAGCAGCCAGAAUGGAGAAGAAGGAGAAUAUCACCAAGUUCACUGAUGUGAUGAAGUAUGAUCCAGACACAAGCAGCCGCUACAUCCCAGGACUCUGGCAUGGGACUCCCCCGAUGGCUCCAGUCAAUCCUGGCUACAGUGAGGCUGUGUACAGCUUCAAGAAGACCUUGAUGAAAGAUUUCAGAAAAUGCCAGAUAAAUUAUGACUUGACACAUUUCUUGAAGUGGACACAAAGCUUGUGGGAGGCAGUGAAAUUUGAGAAAUUCAUCUUUAGUUUCAGGAACAGCUUGGUUGCAGAUGCAUACUCCAGAUUAUGCACUGAGUACAAUGGUUUGGAAUGGGCCUUCCAGAAAAAUAUGUAUUCCUGGAUGGUAUGUGCUGAAACAAAAAUUUCCAAUAUUGGCAUGACAGAUCAACAUCCCCAGAGGUCCAUAAGAUGUGUGCUAAAUGAAUUGAUGAUGGAGGCAUCUGAGAAGCUUUCAGAGGGAGAAAAAGAAAUUCAAGACAAUCUAGUAAAAUACUUUGAAAAGCAAGAUGGACAUGUCAAUCUGGUGGAAAAAUACAAGGAAGACUUUGUGUCCAGUGCCAAAACACUGAGACGAGAGACAGAAAACACAGUGAGGAACAAACUACAAGGAGCUGUUGAGAUCAAAGAGGGAAUGAAAGAACUGAACAACAUCCAGAGUUCUCAGGCAAGUACAAUGGAGAAAAAGGUGCUUGAUUUGCUUCAUAAAUGUAGACAGAAUCAAUCUGUUCUAUCAGAUAAGGCCCUCAGUGAAGAGUUUGAAAACAUGUGGAAGAAAACUCUUUCUGAGAUACACUUCAAAGAACUCCCAAGAAGAGAUGUGGCUCAGGAUGCCAUCCUUACGUUAAGUAGAAAUCUAUCAACAAGGGGUGGGCAGGUCAAUAAGAUGUUGGUUGGAAACAAUCUGGUGGAAUGUGGUAAAAAAGAAUUUGUUGUGGAAACUGGGGGUUUUGGGGAGAAAUGUGGGGGCUUAUUUAAGCACUGGGAUAUCAACCAUUACAGGAAUAAACUACAAGAGUUAUGUGACAACAUCAUAACACAGUGUCAGUUGUUUAUAACACAGAAGGUGGAAAACAAAACAGAUUACCAUGAUACUUACAUCAAAGAGCUGCUGAACAAGAUUGAUGAAACAUUGGAACAACACAAGAAUGUAAAAAUCAGUGAGGAAUGUGAGAGUUCUCUGAAGCUACACAUCUGUGGCAGAGCAGCCAGAGAGUUCCAGAAGAUGCAUAAUGAUUUCAUUGAAGUCAAUGACCCAAGGAAGUCUCUGGAACAGUCUAAGAACAAGUACCUUACUGAGUUCAGAGACAUGUUUGAUAACCAAGAUCAGUGCCUAAAGAAAGCUGAGGAGUUCACAAAGCUCUUACAGCCAGCUGUACGGGACUAUGUGACCAAAAUGAUUGGUCCUGAUGUGGUUGAUGAAGUGAAGACAGGUAAAGGAUCAAAGGAUUACAGCACAAGAGGGGCUUUCCAGUUCUCCAUUUUGAAACAACUCCUGACAGAUGGACAAUAUGAGAAAUAUGAAAAGUACAUUUACAAUUAUAAAAGCUUUGUGAAGGACUGGCUGUUUGACCAGAUUGUCCAACAACUCUCAAAGGACUGCAGUCUGGAGAAAUUGGAAAAUAAACAUAUUUCAGAGAUAGUCAAGACGAUCACUGACACAAUCUCUAACAUCAGGAAAGAAACUGGCACAACAAAUGUAAAUGAUGUCAAGACAUUCAUUCAGAACAUCUGCAGAGCUCUUGAAGAGAAGCUGGUCCUCAAGGAUGCUCUGGAUUCCAUCUUGAUUCUAAACACUUCUGACACAAAACAGUUUGCUGUCUACCUCACAGAGUUAGUGGAAGAAAUGAAGCAGUCACUGGCAGCUAAGUACAACAAGAUAGGAGACGUCAAAGAGAGACUCAGAUCUCUGCCAUUCAAGCCUCAGGAUGAGAUGUUCACCCGUCUGUUUGGCUGUGGAGAACAAUGUCCCUUCUGUGGUGUACCUUGUGAAGCAGGGGGGAUAACGCACGCCACACACCAUGCCUCCAUUCACCGUUCAGAAGGUGUCCAUAGUUAUAGGUGGACUAGUUCAAGUAAAUUAGUAAUAGAGAUAUGUUCAUCUCUUGUGGUUAGUGAUGCAUCAUUCUCCAAUGCCGAGACUGGAGGAACAUUUCACCCCUACAAGGACUACCAGAAAUAUUACCGUCACUGGAUGAUAACUGGAGAUUCCAGCAUUGAGGCUUCAGACUACUGGAAGUAUGUGAUGGCCACAUUCAAUAAGAGAAUCGCUGAUGCCAAACAUGCACUUCCUGCUGAUAUCCCAGGGGACUGGAAGGCAUUAACACCUGAUGAUGCAUUGAAGAGCUUGAUGAAGUCAUUCAACAUGAAAUAAAGUGGAAUACUUUCUAAUGCCUUGUUGAUCACAAACAUGAUUGACGUUUCAUAGACUUAACAACCAGAAAUGACAUAUCACAGAAACAUCAUAUGUAGAACCAGUCGUCGAAAUAAUGUGCAGAUCUUGCAAUACCCAAUGCAAUUUAGAAAAGAACAACUGCAGCAGGAAAAACAUAUUUUCAGAUGCAUUCAUAAUUUUAUUUGAUUUAUUUAACUAGGCAAGUCAGUUGAGAACAAAUUCUUAUUUUCAAUGGCGGCCUGAACUGCCUUGUUCUGGCUCGACAGAUGUUUACCUUGUCAGCUCGGGGAUUCAAUCUUGCAACCUUUCAGUUACUAGCCCAACGCUCUAACCUCUAGGCUACCUGCCGUCCCAUAAACAAUGUAACAUCUUUGGAAUUUACAGAUCAAAUGUUCCUUAAUGAAAUAGCUAACACUUUGAAUAUGAUGUGAAAGGAAUACAUUUAACAUCAUAAUGUAGAUUUAAACAAAGCAAUUUAAGCUACAUUCAGAAAUCAUACAGAUAAUAAGAGUAAAUAUGAACACCAACAAGUUAACCAACAGAUUCAGAGUGUUUUACUUGCUGAUGUCCAUAAAUGAACACAAUACACAGGUAACUAAGGAGCUAGUCUAGAUAAACACAAUACACAGGUAACUAAUGAGCUAGUCUAGAUAAACACAAUACACAGGUAACUAAGGAGCUAGUCUAGAUAAACACAAUACACAGGUAACUAAGGAGCUAGUCUAGAUAAACACAAUACACAGGUAACUAAUGAGCUAGUCUAGAUAAACACAAUACACAGGUAACUAAGGAGCUAGUCUAGAUAAACACAAUACACAGGUAACUAAUGAGCUAGUCUAGAUAAACACAAUACACAGGUAACUAAUGAGCUAGUCUAGAUAAACACAAUACACAGGUAACUAAGGAGCUAGUCUGCCAUUGUUAAUUCAUUUUCUAUUAUAAUAAUUAUAUUUCUUUCAUUUACUUUACAAUUUAACCUAUGGCUUGAUAUGACUUAAUCACAGAUUAAUGAUUAGAAGUGACUGCAUGGUCGUUUAGUGGUAAACGGUUGGCUUGGCUUUUGUUUUUGUAAUUUGACCUUUUGCAUUUUAAUCUUAAUGUAAUUUUUAUUGUGAACAAAUCCUCAAUUGGCUUGGCUUGGCUUUUGUUUGAAUAAAUCCAUUUGUUUGAAUAAUUUAUUUCAGCAAAAAUGAUAACUAAGAAUAUUUUAAAUGUGUUUAUAUUGGACCACCCCUUAUAAUUUGUCCAAGACGAGGUCGGUUUUGAAGGUAUUUUCCGACGUCCUCAGAACAUGACGUCCAAUUUCGAAGUCCAUCUUGAGCAAUCUGCCUGGAUGAUGAUGAUGAGGAUUUAUAUUUGUUGUUGAUGUUUUUACUUUUGUUGAUGAUGAUUCUAUUUUUGUUGUUGACACGGAUUUUGUUAUUGAUGUUUAUUUUAUUUUAGUAGUUGAUGAUGUGAGAUGGAACUCUGUAGAGACUGGAGGGAAUGCCUUUCAGUUGGCCAAACUAUUACCAUGAUGAAGACAAAAAAAGUUUAUUUUUUUCUGCAAUGAAUAUAUACUGUAGUUUACAGACAUAUUGUGAGAUGAUACCAAAUUUCCUUCCAUUGAAACUAAAAAUACUUUUUCAUUUUGCAUUAUCUUGUGACUAGAGAUGAAUACAAAUCAAUCAAUUAACAAAACAUUAUUCAUUUUAAAAACUUGAUUUGUUUCCCUUGGAAUCUGUUGAAGGCUAUAACAUUUUAAUGGGGUAUAGACAAGUAAAGGCCCACAAUGUGAGCAUCAAGUGUCUCAGAGUAAUGUGCUGAUCUAGGAUCAGGCCCUCCCUGUCCAUGUACUCUUAUUCAAUGUGAUCUAAAAGGCUAAACUGAUCCUGAGUUAGCGCUCUUGCUCUGAGACGCUUGAGACAUUCAGCCCCUGGUAGUAGAGAAAGAAAUAAUUUACCAUUAGAUUGUGAUGUUGGUAUGGCAUCUGUGGAAAUGUAAACAGACCAAAUGCUUAAAAACCCCUCUGCUCCUUGUCUUGUCCCCUGAAUCUGCACUGAUUGGCAGAUCAGUGAAGGAGAGGACUGAAUUUCAGAGGACUGAGAAAGAGCCAAAGUGUAUAAGGGUAGUCUUGUGUGUUGAGUAAAACAACUAGUCCUUGGUACUAUAUUUAACCGAGAGGUAUUCUCAAUUAUUAUAAUCCAAUAUAUACCCAAUAUAUUUAUCCAGUUUAUUCUAUAUAUGAUAUGCAUGCACUAUGAGAAUCAGUAGAAUGUAUAUACUGUGUUGGGAUCCUCACUCCUGUUCAGAAGUCAGAAACCACACUUAAAAAGGUCACAGACAAGCUGACAGAGAAAUUCCUCUAGCUGCUCAUUCUGGACCAGUGAAUACACUGACCAAGACAUUCUGAAACCUGAGUUGUUGACCAGAUCAAACCAUGUAUUUUAAAGUAUUAUGACAGUGCUAUUAGCACCGUCUUAGCUGUCUGUUAAACAUGGUUAUGCCAUAUUUGGCUAAGUAGUUUUGACCUGUAAACUAUAUAAUUAUCGGUUGCAGUGACAGCCGAGGAACCUUCCCAUGUAGACCAAUCAAAUGUAUGGGGGGUUUUGGGUCCACCAACUGUGUGAGUUGGCAACAUAAAAGACAUUUAGUUCUUGACAUUGUGAAGGUGUUUGUUGAAGUGCAACCCUUCCACCAUGGUGUAUUAAAAUAAUAUUGGACCUGGAGAA